GAUAACUAAGUCAAUCAGGCUCCGUGUUCCUGAACUGGAAAUGGUAUUUUGUGAGCAGCAGUAAUUGAAAAGAACCGUAGCUGUUGUGAGCGAUCUACUGCGAGCAACUACCAAUACCAUUCACUCUUGCGACGGACCAUCUCCCGUUGUAUGCACUGUGGAACCUUAGCCUGAUCAUUACAUAGCACUAUGGCCGUGGAGGGCGACGCUGCCGGGGACGCUCCGGACCAGACUCGCCCAUCUUGGGACGUUGGCGUAGAGAAUCCUCCAGCACCUGCCGCUAGCGCACCUGAUGAAGCUGCUAGCGCGGUGGCAAGGCCUUCAGACGAGGAAAUUCUUGCUCAGCAGAACCAGAUACGGGCCGAACAAGCCCAAAAAUCCGAGUACGUGGGGAAUGAGGAGCCGAUGUCGGCCCUUAAGGAAGAGUACAUCAACGGCAACCAGAACUUCGUGCACAAGAUCUCCAAGCUGGAGUCCAGCUACGCCACCUUCCGCCGUACCCGCGGCGACGGCAACUGCUUCUUCCGCGGCUUCAUCUUCGCCUACCUGGAGGGGCUACUGGCGGCACACGACCUGGCGGAGUGCAGCAGGUUCAUGAGUGUGGUGCGGGAGUGGAAGGGGCGGCUGAUCGAGGGCGGCAUCCAGGAGCUCGUGUUCGAGGAUGCCAUGGAGCUGCUUCUGGACCAGCUGACCGAGAUCACCAAGCCGCACACCAACUACACACACCAGCAGCUGCUGGUCAACAUGCGGGAUGACAUGGUAUCCAACCUGGUUGUGAUGCUGCUGCGGCUCAUCACGUCGUGCGAGGUGCAGCGCCGGGAGGACUUCUUCUUCCCCUUCAUCCUGGGCAUGUACGACGAUCCCCCCGCCACGGUGGAGCUCUUCUGCCAGCGCCACGUGGAGCCCAUGGGCGAGGAGAGCGACCACAUCCACAUUGUGGCCAUCACGGAGGCACUGCAGGUCCCCGUGCGUGUGGUGUACCUGGACAGCAGCGCGCUGCCAGCGGGCGGCGGCGGCUCGGGGCUGGACGUCACCUGCCAUGACUUCGUGCCCGACUCCUGCGCGCCCGGCACCCGCCCGUGCGUGCACCUGCUAUAUCGACCAGGCCACUACGACAUCCUGUACCCUAAGGAGCGGUAGCGCUGGUCGGGGCGUUGGUCGGGGCGUUAGGCGUUGGGAGGUUAGGUGGUGCUCAGGUGGGAGAGAGGACCGUAUCAGUGGACAAUGGCGCGGUGUGGUUGUGUGGUGGUGCCCGACGUUAACAGUGUACGUCUGGACGCUGUACGGCCCUUAGAAUGGCGCUACGUGAACGUCGUGCUCAAGAUGGCCUUGCCGCGGCGUUCAACUCGACUGCAUGUACUGUUUGUUUCGUGCGUUGCGAGUAUUCUUCGGGAUGAGGACCGCGGGAGGCUGUGGUAUGGUUCUCCUGAAGUAUGGCGACAGCUGUCGUCAUGUCUGUACGUCUAGAGAGCUGGUGCCAAAGAAAGGCAUGCCACUACGCUGAAGCUUGCAGCGGCUUGUGGGGAGGAGGGCCCGUGUGCUCUGUGGGCGUGCUGAGUGCAAGAGGUGCUAAUUGACACCAUGGAAGGGGACAUGAGCCAUUACAGCAAGUAAGGACGAAGGGUAACUGUUGAACCCGCGACAUAGCCCCUACACAGCAAGGGUGGCGCGCCCCAAGGCCUCCGAGGGCUGUAACCCAC